ACACUUUAGUUGCGUGUGUCCAUUGGAAAGUUCAUGGCAAAAUUGUAAAAAACUUCCGAGAAAAAUUGAUGGAUCUCCUGCAAUAGAAGGAUAUAUCCCCAGAUACCUUUCUCAAUGAAAAUGGCAUCAGAAGAGACUGUGCAGAAGUUGGAGAAGCACCUCAAAUUGCUGAAGGAAGAGUAUACAAAGUUGCAGAAGAACUAUGCCGAACUGGAGCGAAAAUACAGUCGAGCAAUUGCAAAUAAUGGAGAAAAUGAUGUGGGAGAAUUUAGUAGUUUUAUAUCGAGACUCACGAUGACUGUAGCAGGCCUGUACAGUCGCAAAACAUAUUCGGAUAUUACGGUGAAAUUUGGAGAAAAGUCCUUUCCGGCUCAUCGUUUUGUGCUGAGUGCACGAUCAGAGGAAUGGCGGGAGGAGGUUCUCGAGAGCACCACAGAACUUGAUUGGUCUGAUCUCGAUGGAGAUGUUGCUUAUGCUCUCCUACGAUGGAUCUAUACGGACAUUGUGGAUUUGCAAAGUGAUGCCCUGUCCCUUGCUCUCCUAAGGGCAUCACAUAAAUUUAAGUUACCAGGACUCUUGGGGCUCUGCGAAAGAGCUCUUGUGUCCUCCGUGGGUGUUCGGUCUUGUGUGCGCUUUUACUGUGUGGCCGAAGAAGUUGGUGCAACAAGUCUCCUCGAAUAUUGUUCUGGCUUGAUUUCGACACAUUGGGAUGACCUAACACCCCAGGACUUUGAGCACAUGUCCAGUCCCCUCCUGUACAAGAUGCUGAAAAAUAAGACAAAGCAUCCACUUCAUGCUGCCGUCCGCCUGUUGCGAGAAGACGUUGUGUUUCUGUGUCUUGUGGAAAAUGAUGGAAUGCUAUCUGAAGUAGUGAAUGGUCUGUCGCCACAAGGACAGCUUCCUCUUGCACUAGCACUAAUGGGGCGCAGUAGUGCUAUUGCCCAAACUCUUAUACAGAAUGGAAAAGCUGAUGUUAACGCAUACAAUGCAGAAGGUUGCACACUAUUAAUUGAUGCUGUAAAAAGGGGUGAUGGCUUUUCAUCCCUUUUUCUCCUCGAUAGAGAUGUCAAUAUUAAUUUGACGAGCAGAACAACUGGAGAUACAGCUUUGCAUAUUGUUGUGACAUACUCAAAGAAAUCCACUGAUGAUGAUACAUAUCAGGAGAUGUUGGAAGUGGGAAAAAAGAUUUUAGAAUAUAAACCCAAUCCAAAUAUUCAAAAUAUUCGUGGUUAUACACCACUUUUGAUGGCCAUUGUGUCUGAUCAUGAUGAAAUGAUAGAGUUAUUGCUGGAAUUGGAUGAUAUAGAUUUAAAUUUGAGGACUAAUGAUGAAAAAAGUGCCUUGCAGUUCUCCUUGCAGACCAGUGAGAUGCCAUUUAGUGUACCUAGGAGACUUAUUGAGAAGGGUGCUGAUGUCAAUGUUGUUUACUCUGAGACUGGCAAUAAUCUUCUGCAGAAUCUGAUAUGCAGUAAUUUGGAAGAUGCUGCAGUUUUUCUCAGUGAAUUUGCCAAUUUAGAUCAUAUUAACAAUAAGGGACUAACGGCUUUGCAUUUAGCAUGUGAAAGAAGUAUGACACAAUUGGUGAGGGCACUUCUUGAAAAGGGUGCAGAUCCCAAUGUUCAGACAACAGCGUCAAAUAUGAGAACAACCCUUCAUUUUGCCGUUGCGGCAAAUAAUUUGCCAAUAAUUGAUACUUUUGUGCAAUUUCGGCAUGAUGCAAAGGAAAAACCUAAUUUCAAUGUGAAAGAUUCCAAUGGCGAUUCUCCCCUUAGUCUUGCAUUGUCUCUUGCACACAAUGAUCUUGUGUCGUCAUUGAUUGAGGGUGGUGCAGAUGUUAAUGAUCGAAAUGGUCAAGAUUUGACACUCUUGCAUCAAGCAAUCCUCAAGGAAGAUGAUAAAACGGCAAUUUUCCUACUUGGUCAGGGAGCAGAUAUGAAUGCGCUGACGGGUGAACAGGAGUCACCGCUUCAGUUGGCCAUUCACUGCAACCUACCAACCGUUGUGGAUGCCCUUUGUACACGUGGCGUAUCACUGAGUGCCCCAGAUAGCAAGUGUGAGUCUCCACUUUGGACAGCUCUGGAGACGGAAAAAAUGGACAUAGCUGAAGUUUUGGUUCGUCAUGGAGUCGAUACAGAUUGCUGGAGUUCAGGUCCUGAUGGUUGCCUACAAACUCUCCUGCAUCGUGCAAUAGACGAGAAUAAGGAGAGUGCAGCGAAUUUUCUCAUCAAAAGUCGCUGCGAUGUGGAUUCACCGCGGCAACCAGGACCAGAUGGACAAGGUGGUGAGGAGGCUCGAGAUAAAGCUUCACCUUUGCAUUUGUGCUGUCAAUGGGGCUUAGUGAAUGUCCUUCAGACACUUAUUGACCAUGGAGCCAAUAUCAAUGCUGUCGAUUGCAAUUCCAAGACACCCCUUCAUGUGGCAAUUGAAAACCAACAAGAUGAAAUGAUUGGGAUUCUCUUGUGUCAUCCAAGUAUUGACUUACGUCAACGUGAUAAAUCCGGCAAUACACCCUUUGCCGCAGCACUACUUAUGAGGAAUCACAAAGCAGCUCAGAAUAUACUGCAACGAUUGCCAAAUGCUGCUGAGCAGAUUGAUCAAAGAGGUAGAAAUUUCCUUCAUGUGGCCAUCAUGAAGGAUGACCUGGAGUCUGUGCUAUUUCUCCUGGCAAUUAGGGUCGAUGUAAAUUCGCGUGUUCAUGAUGUAAAUCAAACGCCACCGCUGCAUUUGGCUGCAAGUUCGGAAAACGAAAUGCUCAUACGCAAUUUAAUUUUAGCCGGAGCAAGGAUAAAUGAACGCGAUGCCACGUCUAAAUGUGCAAUUCAUGUGGCUGCUGAACGUGGUCGAGUGGCCAAUGUUGCGGCACUUUUGCAAAAUGGAGUGGAUUUUGAUGCUGUUGAUGGAGAUGGUAACAAUGCUCUGCACAUUUCUGUGAGAGAGGGACAUUUAGCUGUUGUUAGGGAACUCCUCACGGAGAGUGGAAUUAAUGCUGAGGCAAUGAAUUACAAAGGAUACAAUCCAAUGCACGAACUUGCUCGCAGUGGAAAUGAUAAUGUAGCAGCGACAAUCUGUGAAUUAUUUCUCGAAUGUAUGCCAAAAUAUCCGAUAAAUCAAACUGACCUACAGGGUAAUACUCCUCUGUUGUUGGCAUAUAUGCGUGGUCAGGCGCCACUGUGUAAGGUUCUGGUGAAGAAUGGUGCCUGUUUAGGGGCUGAAAAUAAGGAUGGUGUGACCAUUUUUAAUUUUCAGCUGGCAACCAAUCAAUUGCUCCACAGACUUCUCGAUCAAUUGCCACAGGAAUCACCCUGGGCAGCUUCAGAUGUAUGUCAGGAAUGUGGAGAGAAAUUCUCUUUUACAACCAGGAAGCAUCACUGUCGACACUGUGGACGCAACUUGUGUAGUCGUUGUUCUAACAAUGACGUUCCUAUUAUUAAAUUUGGAAUUAACAAGCCCGUCCGGGUGUGUGCAGUCUGUUUUGAUGUUCUUCAAACUGGAAGUGGAUAAGAAUAAAAAAAAAUCGAGUUAGAACAAAGAAAAAACCAACAGAAAAAUCCAAACAUUUAAUUCAUAAUUUAAGAAAAAAAAAACAUUUGAAUUAUUGUUCUCGUAAAAUCAUAUUUCGAAAUUUCAGAAUGUUUUUCACUAUUGUUAUACGGCUUUACUGAUAUAUUAAAAAAAUAAAACACUUUAUUUUCAUACAAUUAUUGUAAUAAAAAAAAUAAUUAAUUAAAUUUCA